CACUUAUCUCCUUUCAAACAUUUCAAACACCUUGAUUUCUCUAGAACCCUCUACAAUUUCCUAUCCCUUCUCAUGUGUUGUCACAUUAUCACAAAAAUCAUCUGUCUAUACUUGUAAUAUUUUUUAUUCAAUGGAGAGCAAUACAAGCUCUGAACUCCCUCCUGGCUUUAGAUUUCAUCCAACAGAUGAAGAAUUAAUUGUUUAUUACCUUGGUAAUCAAGCUACAUCAAAGCCAUGCCCUGCAUCUAUCAUUCCAGAAGUUGAUAUCUAUAAAUUUGAUCCUUGGGAAUUGCCUGAUAAAUCUGAAUUUGAAGAGAAUGAAUGGUAUUUCUUUAGUCCAAGAGAAAGAAAGUACCCAAAUGGAGUGAGGCCUAAUAGAGCAACUUUGUCUGGAUAUUGGAAGGCUACUGGCACAGACAAACCAAUCAAUAGUGGAUCAAAGCAUAUUGGGGUGAAGAAAUCUUUGGUCUUUUACAAGGGUAGACCACCAAAGGGUAUCAAAACUAAUUGGAUUAUGCACGAGUACAGAUUGGUUGGAUCACAAAAACAAACUAGCAAGCAUAUUGGAUCCAUGAGGCUAGAUGACUGGGUUUUGUGUAGAAUCUAUAAGAAGAAGCACAUGGGAAAAACAUUGCAGCAAAAUGAGGACUAUCCAACACUUCAAUUUACUGAUUCUACAAUAGUAUCAAAUAAUGAUGGGGAACAAGAAACCAUGAACCUUCCAAGGACUUGUUCACUUACUUAUCUUUUGGAUAUGAAUUACUUUGGUCCAAUCUUAUCUGAUGGCUCAACCUUUGAUUUUCAAAUCAACAAUUCAAAUAUUGGAAUAGACCCUUUUGUAAAACCUCAACCGGUGGAAAUGACUAACCAUUUUUAUGAAGCAGAUUCAAGGAAGUACUAAGUGAAACAGAGUAGCAUCACCAAUCAUAAGAAUUUAGAUUGUCUAGAUAUGUCGAUAAGGGUCAUGCAUUAAAUAAUCUUGAAGAUUAUUUAUGGAACUAUGUCAAAAAAUUAUGUUAUACCAUAAAAUGGAUUUUUGUUUUCGAUGCCUUGUUGACAAUUUUUAUACAAAUUGUACAAAAGAACAAAUUUAUUAGGUCUAAAUAAAAUUUCACACAUAUGGAAUCACCUAGUUCAAUGUUCAAAGCAUAUGCUAGAGAUUAUGCUUUGGAAGCAUUUGAAGUUAGAUUGGACCACUUAUUGUACAUAUUACAAUGAUAAUUAAUUUUAACCAAGGAUAUAUUUGGCAAA